CUUUCCUAAAACCCAUCAUUAUAAAACCCCACCACCCCUGGUCGCUUCUCUCUCAAUCAGAAGCCUCGGCUUCUAAAAACUCUCCAAGCGGUGUCUGCUUUCCAUUUUUCUCAUACCGCUUCCAAAGAGAGGAAUUUUGCGAGCGCUUGGCGAUGUGUGGAGGAGCGAUCAUCUCCGACUUCAUACCGCCGGGGAGGUCCUGGCGGCGGGUGACCGCCGACUGCCCCUGGCCGGAUCUCAAGAAGGGCGUCGAGGCGAAGAAGAGCAGGGGGAAGCGCCAGCCGCCGGUGGGGAUCGACGAUGACGACUUCGAGACUGACUUCCAGGAGUUCAACGACGAGUCGCCGGAGUCCGAGGUGGAUGACGAGGCGGAGCUCAUCGACGUCAAACCUUUCGCCUACCCAUCCAAAACCCCCUUCUCUCGAGAUCGAUCAACUACUCUGAAGCCUGCAGAGUAUGAUGGACCUGUGGCUAGGUCAGCCAAAAGAAAGAGAAAGAAUCAGUACAGGGGAAUCCGUCAGCGUCCCUGGGGUAAGUGGGCAGCUGAAAUCAGAGAUCCUCGUAAAGGGGUUCGUGUUUGGCUUGGAACGUUUAACACUGCUGAAGAAGCUGCAAGGGCCUAUGAUGCAGAAGCCCGUAAGAUCCGUGGCAAGAAAGCCAAGGUGAACUUCCCUGAUGAGAUGCGCCCCAGUGCUCAAAAGCGCAGCCAGAAAGCAGCUGCCCCAAGGGCAACCGAAUCAAAUCAACCUGAGAUUCUUAAGUUCAACCAGUCCUUGAGUUACCUGGAUGAACCACAUCAAGAUUUGUACUCUACCUUUGACUUCAUUGAGGAGAAGCAGCCCAUCAAGCAAGCUGGGAACCUCAGUGCUUUCCCUGCAAUAAAUCCUGCUCUUCCUACUGAGGGACCUGGGACGAAUUUAUACUCUGAUCAGGGAAGUAACUCAUUCGGUUGUUCAGACUUGGGUUGGGAGCAUGAGGCAAAGACUCCUGAGAUCACAUCAGUUCUUGCUCUCAUUCCCACAAUCAUUGAAGGUGAGCAAUCUGCAUUCCUGGAAGAUGGUGCCCCACAGAAGAAAAUGAAGAACAAUGCUGGUGAGGCGGUGCCACCUUCGGAGGAGAAUGCUGCGGUAAAACUCUCCGAAGACAUGUCUGAUUUUGAUUCAUUCCUGAAGUUUCUGCAGAUACCUUACCCUGAGGAGAGCUCGGAUGAGUCAAUUGACCACCUGCUGAGCAGCGAUGUGACUCAGGAUAUGAAUGAUGUGGACCUUUGGAGCUUUGAUUACCUGCCAGCUGUGGAAGGCAGCGUUUACUGAGGGAUCUCGGAUUCUGGCAACUGGUGUUUUGUAAAUAAAGAAAUAAGUGAAUCAAUCAUGAUGGAGGAUAUGAUGAACCAGACAUGUCAGCUAAUGAAUUUUAAUGGAACUUUGGUUUAUGCUAUCAUCUGUAGGUACUUAAUCGAUGGUUUUAAUUCUGUUGUCGUGUGAACUGUUUCAGUUUGAGUACUGGACUUGGGUCUUUUGUGUUGAGGACAUGAUGGAUAAUGUUGAAACCUAUCAAAUUUCUGCUUUCAUCGUAUGUUUGUCUGUUUUUGCUA